AUGAACAGCUUCUUCCCCGUCAGCCCGGUGUCUUCAGCCCUCACCGCUGCAGUGACCGGGGACAAGCCUGGAGCUCCGGCUAAAAGGGCUUUCUUCCCCGAGGAGAACGAGGACAAACAGAAGGAGCUCGUCCAGCAGCAGGCCUUUCUCACCCACGUGGUGGAGGAGUUUUUCUGGAUAGGCAGCAGCAUUGUGGCCUUUUCUAAGUGGAGGCUUGGCUACAUGGUGGAGAAAUGCAUGAGCUCCAUGCAGAUGGGGACACAGAUGGUAAAGCUCCGCGGCAGCUCCAAGGGACUGAUGCGGUUCUUCUAUCUGGAUGAACACAAGUCCUGCAUCCGCUGGAGGCCUUCACGCAAGAACGAAAAGGCCAAGAUCUCCAUCGACUCCAUCCGGGAGGUGUGUGAGGGUAAGCAGUCUGAGAUCUUCCAGCGCUAUGCAGAGGGCAGCUUUGACCCAAACUGUUGCUUCAGCCUAUAUUAUGGAGAACACAUGGAGUCCCUGGACCUGGUGUCCAGUACUGGUGAGGAGGCACGGACUUGGAUCACAGGCCUCAAGUACCUGAUGGCUGGAAUCAGCGACGAGGACAGCCUAGCCAAGAGGCAGCGCACCCGUGACCAAUGGCUGAAGCAGACCUUCACAGAGGCUGAUAAGAACAGUGAUGGCAGCUUAAGUAUCAGCGAAGUUCUGCAGCUCCUGCACAAACUCAACGUCAACCUGCCCCGACAGAAGGUCAAGCAGAUGUUCAAGGAGGCAGACACAGAUGACAACCAGGGAACGUUGGGCUUUGAAGAGUUUUGCUCCUUCUACAAGAUGAUGUCAACCCGCAGGGAUCUGUACCUCCUCUUGCUCACCUACAGCAACCACAAAGACCACCUCGACGCUGAUGACCUGGCCCGCUUCCUGGAGACUGAGCAACAGAUGACCAAGGUGACCAAAGACCACUGCCUGGACAUUAUCAACAAAUUUGAGCCAUGCUCUGAGAACAAGAAGCAAGGAGUUUUGGGAAUUGAUGGUUUUACAAAUUACAUGCGCAGCCCGGCAGGGGACAUCUUUAACCCAGAUCACUACAGCGUGAACCAGGACAUGACUCAGCCCCUGUGCAACUACUUCAUCGCCUCAUCACACAACACCUACCUGAUGGGUGACCAGCUAAUGUCACAGUCCAGGGUGGAUAUGUACGCCUGGGUGCUGCAGUCCGGCUGUCGCUGUAUAGAAGUUGACUGUUGGGAUGGACAGGACGGUGAGCCCAUUGUCCACCACGGCUACACCCUCACUUCCAAGAUCCUCUUCAAAGAUGUAAUUGAGACCAUCAAUAAGUAUGCCUUCAUCAAGAAUGACUACCCAGUGAUCCUCUCCAUAGAGAACCACUGCAGUGUUCCCCAGCAAAAGAAGAUGGCUCAGUACCUGAUUGAGAUCCUCGGGGACAAAUUGGAUGUCUUUAAUAUCAAAGCUGAUGAAUCUGGGCAGUUGCCAUCCCCAGAAGCACUCAGGGGCAAGAUCCUUGUGAAGGGGAAGAAACUGCCUCCAAACAUUGAUGAAAACGCAGAGGAGGGAGAUGUGUCUGAUGAGGACAGUGCUGAUGAGAUGGAGGAUGACUGCAAGCUGAUCAAUGGAGAUACGUCAGCCAACAGGAAGCAGGUGGAGAACAUGGCUAAGAAAAAGCUGGACAACUUGAUGAAGGAGUCCAAGAUCCGAGACAGAGAGGACCCGGACAGUUUCACCAUCACAGCCCUCCCUCCUGCUGGGCAGCUCACAGAUAAACCCAGCAGCAAGGGUAAAAGUAAGGAUGGGAUCAACACCGCAGAUGUGGCUAAUCCUACCAGCAGUAACAAGCGCACGGGUCGCUCCUUCAUAGAGAGCUUCUCUAAAUGCAAGAAAAAGGCAUCCAAGCUGAAAAAGACGUCAAGCUUUGAAGACACAGACACAGACCAAGAAAGCACAAGUGGCACUUCCCGCGCUCCACUGCAUCAUAGCAAAAAGAAGAAGACCAUGAAGCUGUCCAGAGCUCUGUCAGAUCUGGUCAAGUACACACGGUCUGUGGGUCUCUAUGACAUUGAGGCACAAGCUUACUGUGGCUGGCAGGUGUCGUCUCUGAGUGAGACCAAAGCCCACCAGGUGAUGCAGCAGAAGGCGACGGCUUUCAUUCAGUUCAACCAGCGGCAGCUGACACGUAUCUAUCCUUCUUCUUACCGUGUGGACUCCUCCAACUUCAACCCUCAGCCCUUCUGGAAUGCUGGUUGUCAGCUUGUUGCACUAAACUACCAGUCUGAAGGCCGGGUCCUCCAGCUCAACAGAGCCAAAUUCUACAGCAACGGCAACUGUGGCUACAUCCUCAAACCUGCCAGCAUGUGUGAAGGUGCCUUUAACCCCAAUUUGGAGGACCCAAUGCCCGGUAAGAUGAAGAAACAGCUGGUUUUAAAAGUCAUUAGUGGACAACAGCUGCCCAAACCCAAAGACUCCAUGCUGGGAGACAGAGGAGAGAUCAUCGAUCCCUUCGUGGAGGUGGAGAUCAUUGGUCUCCCAGUGGAUUGCUGCAAGGAACAGACCAGAGUAGUGGAUGAUAACGGGUUCAAUCCAAUGUGGGAGGAGACCCUGGUGUUCACGGUCCACAUGCCUGAGCUGGCCCUGAUUCGUUUCCUCGUGUGGGAUCAUGACCCCAUUGGCCAGGACUUCAUCGGCCAGCGUACCAUUGCCUUUAACAGCAUGAUGCCAGGCUAUCGCCAUGUGUACUUGGAAGGUAUGGAGGAGGCUUCCAUCUUUGUUCAUGUGGCUGUGAAUGACAUCACCGGUAAGGCCAGAGCAGCCAGCGGCAUAAAAGGGCUGUUUCACAGAAACCCAAAGCAGGCUUCCCUGGACAGCCAUGCUGCUGUACAGCAUGGCCGUAAGCACCCGUUUGGGGCCCAUCUGCUGCGCCGCACUGCCAGUGCACCUACCAAAGGUCAGCCCAAAAUCAAGAAAGGCUUCCCAGACAUCACCAUUGACACCAAAGACUACAGCUCAGAAGGCGCUAGUGAAGAACAAGAGUCUUGUGACAGGGAAAAGGCCUCUGUUGCCACCUCUCAUGAGUUCACACCAGCACAACACCACAAUGGAGAUUCACUGGCAUCCCACCAACCCAAGGGCCCCUGGGACCAUCCUGACACCAAUUUUCAACCUGAGGACGGUAAAGACUGUUCUACAGUGCACAGACCAAAUGCCCCUCUUCCAUAUCUUGCACUAAGCUCAGAAAACGCAGAGAGCAUCCAUUCUGUCCGCCCUGCCUCCACUCCAGAAGACUGUCUGUCUUCACAUCACUCCACAUUUACACUGCUGCGUUCUUCAUCCGCAUCAGUAAAUGCAGACUACCUGCUGUCCGUUCCUUCAAAUAAGAUGGUACACAGUCCAAUCAAAGUUAGCAGGGAUGCUAAGAAAUCUAUUUUCCCUGCUGAGAAAUCUGUACUGUCAGAGUACAGUAAAGACCCAAAAACCAACAAAAGCACUCAUUUUUAUAUGAGGCACAAACCAAUGGCUGAAAAGAGAAGUGGUUCAACAGAGUUAAAAUCUGAUAAAAAAGCAGAGCUGCCUCUUGUUUCAGCAGCGUCUGCUGGAACCCCUGCAGUCCUUCCAGUUCACACGGCCCAGACCAGGAGUGCUCUUUUUAGCUAUGAGCCAUCACACACACCAGUAAGAAGAACAGAAAGUCAGGGCCAUGUUCGAGGGGGUGUAACCUCAGCUAGUUCAGCCCAGUCAAAAGUACCAGAGGUCUGUAGAGAUGUUACUGUGAAUGACCAUCUUUGGUGGAAGCUGGACCCAGGCAACCACCGUGACAGCAUGUCUUCCUCCUCUAGCAUCUCUUCAAGUGACAGUGUCAUUGACCUCUCACUGCCUAACCUGGCCAGAAGAAGCCUCACCAGUCUGUCUACAGCCACCAGUACCUGCAACCUCUCCUGGGUCAACUGUCACGACUCUGCAUUAGUCUGCUAUGAUGCUCUGGAAGUCAGCAAGAAGAAGUCUAACUCCAGUCUUCAGGAAAACGAGUGCCCCAGAGAUGAGCUUAAUCCCCUCCUGCUGCAGCCAGCCCAGGGAGCAUUGGUAAAUUCAACCAGCAGACUCACUCAAAGGAGGCACACCCGGAGCCAGCUCUAUACAGAGGGACUCAAGCAGUCUUCAAACAAAAGGGCUCCAACAGCUACAGCUUCCAUGUCCAAAAGCCUUGGGGAUCUAACCUCUGAUGACAAGUACUGCAGCAUCAGCUGCAGUUUCACUGUUAGCCCAACCCAAGGCCAGCUGUACAAGGGUCGUCCACAGAAGUCAGCUAGUGACUUGACAGAACAGCUACGGAAGCUGACUGAUGUGAAGCCCCCGACUGUUAGUGAUUCUGCUCCACAAAAUAGGCCUAGACAGUUACUAGAAGAGCCAGUGGAUGAGACCCUGGUGCACAGGACCUCCUCCAGGAGCCAAAGCAGAGUGUGGUACAUUGCAAACUGGGCCAAGAAGGCCCAGGAAAGGGUGAAGGUUCAAAGCCUGGUCCAGGGUAGAAAAGCAAGCUUUAGCCUUACUGGUAGCAUUGGCAAUGGAAGUAGUGUUAGCCCCAUCGAGGAGCGGGGGAUCCCUGAAGGCGCGUGUUGUUGCAGCAGCCUGGACCUGCUGAGUCCGCAUGCCCCCGUUGGAUCACCCUCCCUUAUACAGUCCCAGUCCUUUCAUGACCCUGAAAACAGUCAAGUCUUUUUCUUGCUCAAACUCUAAGAACUGGCAAACUUGGAAGUGAGCAUGAGACACACAGCCAGAAAUUAGUUUGGAAUAACUUUCCUCCAACAGAAAACUUCCUUUUACAUAUCUUGCAGAAUACUGGAAAGGAAAACGGUUCCACUAAUUAGUAAUCCGUGAACAACCUAAUGUAAUUUAUCUGACAUCUAAAGGUUGUAAAAGAUCAUUUUCUUAACCCUGUGCAAUCAGAAACCAUUCUCGUGAAGCAUCAAUCUAUCAGUUUUCUUCCGCUUAUCCAAUUCAGGAUCGCCGGGGG